AUGCUUAGAUUUUCUCUAAAUCGAUUGUUUAUUCGAAAAAUGAGUAUUUUUACUCAAUAUUUAAAUCCUUUGACUGGUACAACUACUUGGGAGGAAAAAGAUCAAAAUUAUGAUUACCAUCAAGAAAUCGCUAGAUCAGCAUUCGCUGAUAUGUUACACGAUCGUGAAAGAAAUCAGAAAUAUUAUGUUGCCCUUAAACGUGCAAUUGAAAAGAAACAUCAGAUGGGAGAAGAAGCUAAUGUACUUGAUAUAGGAACUGGUACUGGUUUGUUAUCGAUGAUGGCUGCUAAAUGUGGAGCAGAUACUAUAACAGCAUGUGAGGCUUUUACACCAAUGGCUAAAUGUGCCAUAAAAAUAAUACAAGAAAAUGGUUUCGAGGAUAAGAUCAAAUUGAUACACAAACGAUCUACGAAAAUGACAGUGGGAAAGGAUGGUGAUAUGGCCAAGAAAGCAAAUAUUUUAGUUACUGAAGUAUUUGACACUGAACUUAUUGGAGAGGGAGCUCUGUCUACAUUUCGUCACGCUCAUGAACAUCUACUUGAAGAGAAUAGUAUAGUUGUACCACAUAGUGCUACAAUUUGGGUACAAGUUGUUGAGAGUUCUGCUGUUCAUGCAUGGAACACAGUACAACCAAUUGAACAGAAGAACGGAUGCUUGUUAGACAUACCAAAUUGUGUAAAGUCUUGUUUUGGAGCAGCUGCAGUGCAUGAUAUACAAUUAACUCAAUUUCCUCAUGAUGCAUUUAAACCUUUAAUAUCACCACAGCCUAUAUUUAGGUUUGAUUUGUCUGGCAAAACACCUUUGUUAUAUGAUGAAAAAGUGUGUUUACAUGUACAGCCGACGUCAAGUGGUACAGCACAUGCUAUUUUUAUGUGGUGGGAUUUAAUUAUGGACAUAGACAAUCAGGUUCUGUUAAGUUGUGCACCAGUUUGGGAACAUCCAGACACAAAGAAGUUACAAGAUAAGGGCUUAACUCUUACAGAGAUAGCAGACUUGAUACCAUGGAGGGAUCAUUGGAUGCAAGCUAUUUAUUAUUUGCCUGUAGAAACUUCAGUUACCACUGACAUUGAAAUUAAUUUAAUUGGGUAUCAUGAUGAGUACUCUCUAUGGUUCCAAUUGAUAAGUGAACCAAUAAACGAAGUACCAGAUUGCGAAAGGCCUGUUUGUAGUUGUGGCGUUCAUGUAGCUUACUGUAGAACACGCAUAGGACAAUUAAAUGACCAAAAACGAAAUGAGAAGUAUAUUAAGGCACUAAAGAAGAAGAUUACCUCAGACACAGUUUGCUUAUGUUUGUCUGAUGGUUGUUUAUUGGGCCUUGCGGCUAUUAAAUUAGGUGCAAAGAAAGUAUUUAUUUUAGAAACAAAUUUUCUGUCUAGAAAAACUAUAGAAACCUUUAUUAAAUCAAAUGAACUCUCAGAAAGGAUACAAAUCAUUGAAUCUGAUGAUGAUUUGCCUCCAGAAAGUACAAUUAAUUUAAUUUUCGGUGAACCGUAUUUUGUUACUUCAAUCGUUCCAUGGGAAAAUCUUUACUUUUGGUAUCUCAGUUCCAAAUAUUCAUCUAAAGUUGAGAGGAUACCGAUUGCAGCGACAAUAAUGGGUGUUGUAGUUGAAUUUAAAGAUUUGCAUAAGAUACGAGCAUCGCUUGGUGUCUGCGAAGGUUUCGAUUUAUCGAUUUUUGAUAAACUCGUUCAGGCAUCAAGCGAGAGAAGUGAUAGUCCAGUAGAGGCUCAACCAUUAUGGGAGUAUACAACCAAAGCAUUGAGUUUACCUUUUAUCAUUCAAGAAUUUGAUUUAACGAAAAAUAUUAAUGAAUGCAAAACUACAAACGUUUCGGAUACUGUUCCUAUUAUAGAGAAAGGAUCGUGUAACGGUGUGGUUUUAUGGGUUGAUUGGCAUUUAGAUUCGGAGGUUACCGUAUCAUCAGGAUCUAAAACAGAAACGCAGCCCGGCAAGCGAAUAUCGUGGGAUCCAUUUACAAGACAAGGUGUACAUUUAUUCAGAGACAUAAUGAAUGUUACACAGCAAAGCAUUCUGCAAUGGUCAUUCAAUUUUGUACCACAGCAUGGAAACAUGAAAUUUGAUUUUCACAUAUUGUCAAAAGCUCUGAAAUAA